UUCUUUCUCCUCUCUUUCUCCGGACCAGAAACUAGAACUCUCAUCAAAGUCUGUUCAUUUCUUUGAUAGGCUUUCUUCUUUCAUUGCCUUUUCCCGUCUUUUUUCUUGCAUUUUCUUAGUUUUUCUCAUCUUUCUAUUUAACGAAAAUAGAUAAAAAAAUCAGGCAUUUGACUUGAAAAGUUGCUUCUUCCCAUACCCAAAACCUAGCUUUUUCUUCAUUUGAGCUAAGGAUUACAAGGUCGUUGAUUACAAAAAUUCAUAGGUUUCAUUCUCAAUUCAUUCAUUGAUUUGUUUUGAGUCUCGUUAUUUCAUAACCUUCGGACGGACCCUUAUUUAAUCCUUGUUUAUAUCCAUAUUCACAGUCGAUCUUCUUCUUCCCGUCCUCCGUCCUACAGUCGUCAUUCAAUGGAAUAUGAACCUCUUCCAUGAAUGAGUCCGUCUCAUUGAGAAUAAAGUCAAAGACUUUGCGGGAUCAAAGAAAGAGGUCCUUCGUCAAAUCUAUUAGUGGAUCAAAUGGAAAGCCUAUCCUUCGGACAGGUCUCGUCUGAACUUUUUUUAUCAGUCUCGCCUUCUAGUGGAUAAACAAGGGUCCAGGUGACCAGUCUCAUUGAUAAGGGCAGAUUCACGAGCUAUAUACUCCGGAGGAGGUCGUCUUGACCCGAGCAAAGAAUUUGCGAAAAACCAUAUUCAUCUUUCAUCCUUCAGUUUCUUUUAUGUUCCUGCUUGAAUUUAUUCCACUUUCCCCUUGUUCAUUGAUUGCGCUCCUAUCCACUCCUUUUCCCUAUUCGAGGCAAAGGCCCACAAAAGGUUUGGAUUGAAAGUCGCUUUAUCCAUGCUUUCUUUAUUGCUUAUCCCUAGAAAUCCCAAGGCCUGAUAUGAGAAAUCAAUCAUGGUCCUAACCCUUGUUUUUGAAGGAUUUGCUUUGUUUUCAAUCUCAAAUAUGUCUGAUAAGAUAUCUUUUCUUUCAUCUUCCUUGGGGUGAGACAGAGCCGAUUGCUUCGAUCUAUUCCCCAUUCUUCCGGGGACAGAAUUUUCUCAAUUCCAAUCGACUAGGCGUAUCGAUUUUCUUGAGUAAUCUAUCUGGAAAUCCAGCCAUUGAAUCUAGAGAAAAGACAAGAAGAAGAAAGCCUACCUUUCGAAGACAACGAGUACAUUCCAAAAUCACUCUGACUCGGGCAUCUUUACCCUUGGCCAUGAACCUCCCUUGGAUUUUUGAUUCACGCAACUCUUCCUCCGAUCCAAAAUGAAGAAAAAAAGAAGGGAGAUUCGACCCUAGUUCUUCCCCUUACAAUAACUGGAAUGAAAAGGGAAUGAAUACCAAGACGCAUCCGGGAAUAAAGGAUUGAUCUCUCUUAAUAGACCGGCUAAAGCCCCGAUAUAGUACUGACUACCGGUCCCACGGAGAGAUAUCUUUUGAUUUUAGAUCUCGCAUUUCAAACCCUCCUACCAGAAGUAGCUUUUUAGAGCAGAAGCAAGAUAAGGAUGCCUUGGUAUUACAUACCAGAAAAUGUAUAUAUAGCGAAUAACCGCGCUUCUAUUGUCCGCGGAAUUCCUAAUUCCAUCUGACUUGAUAGUGGGGUGGAUAUUCCCUUUUUGAUGAAAAGAAAUAUCUCGCUUUCCGCCCCUAAUAUUCUUUACGGCGGAUUGAAUAUUGAUUAUUGAAUACGUAACAAAGUCUUUUCAUUCUCAUUCUAAGGAUAUUAGACAAAAAAGAAGAAAUGGCAAGAUAGUGUAUACCAAUAAUCAAUCUCAGAAUACAGGGAUUCUCUACAAUGAGACUGUAGACCAAUUUCAAGGGAUGUAGCGCAGCUUGGUAGCGCCUUUGUUUUGGGUACAAGAUCAUCCCUACCUAUUACUUAUCUUCUUCAGAGUAACUCGGAAUGAUAUCCAUCCGAAGAUACAUAUCUCUUUCUUUUUUUGAUAUAGCGGAAGCAAGAGGUCUUCUUUCGGCAGCUCGACCAGAAUGAGUAGGCCCAGGAAGAAACUGGAGAAGGGAAGAGGAACCCUUCCAGCUGAGCGAAUUAGAUCUUUCUCUUUAAAAGAGGAAUUGUUACACAGUGAGGUUAGGGAGGCUCGACAGUGAAGGAGAGGAAGAACCACGAAGCAGAAGUAGUCUCGGCAGAAGAGUAAUCGUCAGAAGCCCCAGAUUGACCAGAUUGAUAAGCAGGUAGGAAGACAGGUUCAAAGGCAGAAUAAUCUGUCUCGCUUUCAUGAAUGAAUAAGAUCCAGGCUCGAGAUCGGUAAGGAGCCGCCGGCGGUACUCGAAAGAUGAAUGGGUGGUGCAUUCCUCUCAUUCAUAUUUUGAGAAAGAAAGUUUGAGUGGCAUUAAUUUGAAUAUGGAUUUCGAUCAUUCUUUGAUAAGGAAUGAGCUUGAAAAUUCAAAGAUCAUUCUUUGAUCCUUAUCAGUCGAGUUAUUUCAUUGAAUAAUAAUCGUCGGGCUCUGAACCUUCCUAACCUCAGUCGAGUACCUUCGCUCCUCUCCUAUAUUGAAAACUACGAGUACCUUCGCUCCUCUCCUUCCUAACCUCAGUCGAGUGGCUUCGCUCCUCUCCUUAUCAGUCUCAAAUUCUUUGAUCCUCUCCUUAUCAGUCGAGUACCUUCGCUCUGAACCUUCCUAACCUCAGUCGAGUGGCUUCGCUCCUCUCCUUAUCAGUCGAGCUGCCCUUGUUCAUUGACUCCUUAUCAGUCGACUUUCUUCGAACCUCCAAACAAAGUCUCGCUCCUCUCCUUCCUAACCUCAGUCGAGCCGCUUUCGCUCCUCUCCUUUCAGUCGAGCCGCUUUCGCUCCUUCGCUCCUUCACAGAACCUUUACAUAAGCUACGCCCUUCUUCAUUGACUCCUUCUUAGUCGACUUUCUUCGAACCGCCCCUUAGAAUUUGGAGUCGAGUUAUUUCAUAACCUCCGGACGGACCCUUAAUUGAAUCCAUAUUCAUCUGUAAGGAUCAAAGAAUGAUCGAAGGAGCAAAGAAUUUGCGAAAGAGAAGUCCAUCAAUGAAAUUCACAAGUCCUUCGCCUACUACAAUCAGUGGAAAGCGUCCCCGACUAAUUAAGCUAAUCUGGACCUUUCUUUCUUUUUUUCAUUCUUUGGGCCUCAGUAGUUUCAUUUCCCCAGAAACCCUUAGGAAUAGCCCUGGGGAUUCUGAGCUUCUUAGAGCGUCAGCCUUAGGAAGGAAAGCUAUUCUAACCUCCACUGUCAAAAGGCAACUAGCUCUUCGGAAAGAGGCUUUUCAAAAAAGGUACUGAGGCUUCGGAAAGAAGACUGAUGCUUGAAGGAAAAGCUUGAAGUACAGCAGCCCGGAGCUAAGAUCAAGCGAGACAUCCAGAGGGUUCUCAGACGCGAGACAGAGCUUCAGGUUCUCAUACGACCUGAAUAUGGAUAAAAACAAGUCCUUCGGACAGGUCACGGUCGGAAAAGAACUCGCUUUCUUGGAUGUACUCCACAAGGAUCUGAAAAGAAAUGGGAAAAAACUCCGCCUUUCUCAGAGAAAGACUCAGUUCUUGAAUAGAGGGGAAUAAGAUCUAGAUUUCUUUUUCAUAGUCUUUGAAGGUAGGAGCAUAGAGGUAGAAAAGGCAUCGAGGGCAGGGAGGAAAGAAAUCCAUAACAUAAAUUAUAGGGAAUGAAAUUGAUAGACGCCCUUCUCAUCAAAUUAUAAACCGGCGUGGGGCUGCUGGAUGCUUCUGAUCAAUAGAAGAGGAAGAGGAGUAAGCCAAAAAGAAAGACCACCAAAAGUCACGACCACCAAGAUACGCAUAGUGAUUCGAUCUUUUGAUCACCCAUUUUUUGCAAACCAUUUUUUGGGGCUUCCGCCUUACACACGGAAGAUUGGAUUGCCUGAAUCACGAGUCCACUAUACUGUGUUACGAUCACCUCAUAUUGAUAAAAAGUCCAGAGAACAAUUUGAAAUGGAAAGAAAGAUCAAGCCUAUGGUCAUAAAAACAGAAAGGCAUGAAUUGCGCAAGAAGUUCUUUCGGUUAAAACGCCGUGCGACUCGGAGGACAUCAGACUGAUUGGGCAAACCAAAUUGAGACAGAAUGCUCCUACCCCACCAUGCCUGUCCCUUUACCGGUCCGUGGUAGUUUAAUUUGAGGGGGGUAUGAAGCGUGGAAAAGAAUGCAAGAAGUGUAUGAUACAAGAGGUAACCUUAAGUCAGGAGUGGCGGCAAAGCUCUUGAUUGAUCAACGCGAGUGAACUGUGCUUAGACGCUUCGUAAAACCGCACCGAUGACGGAGAGGAGCUGAUGGAUGAGUAGGCUUCCCCUUUCUCUUCACGGAAUGUGAUUUGGGACACGAUGGGAGUUUGCGUGCCUCGGUAGGAAAGAGAUCACCGGAGUAUAGCACAAGAUCGCCUUUUCUUGCUGCCAUGGGGUCGACCUGUAAACAAGGUAAACCCAAUGGGAAGCAAAAAACGGGAGGGUACCGCAUUGGGCAGAAGACGAUCCAAAAAGCGAAGGCUCACCCUUCAAAGAUCAAAGGAGUCAGAAAGAAGAAAGCCUAGGCAUAAAGAUAGCAGAGACAGCAGACGAGGGCAACCUAUCUGACUAAUAAGAAAAAAAAAGGGGGUGAGAUAGGCGAGAGGUAGCUUGCUUCCAAGCCGGCCGCGAGGAAGAAAGAGAUCUUUGCCGGUGCUGACUUGGAUCUCGGGUGAGGGAAUAAGGCGGCCAGAAGGGAGGAGCACGGUCGAAGCUUGGCUGACUUAGAUAGGCUAGCUUAGAGCUUGGCUAAAGCGAAGGGCUUACCAAGCGCGAAGGAAAGGGCCUGAGCCACUUGAGCCGUAUGCGGGGGAACUCGCACGUGCGGUUCUGACGGGGGGAGAGCUAGUAGGAGCCAUCCUAUCCCAAUAGCGUAUAUUUGGAGCUCAAUAUUCCAUCCUAUUUUCUUGCAAGACCCGUUCGGAUAAGGGAAAACUCCAGAGAUUGCUUCGAAGUCAGAUCCUUGUGUUGACCCUUUCCUGAACCAGAACCGGGAGGAGGAGGAGAAAAAUGUCCCUUGAGGGCUUUCCGGACUUUCCCCACCCCCCUUUCCAUUCUGCCUUCCCCUCUCAUUCCCCCUUUUUCAAGGUUUAUAUGGAAUUUCAUGACUCCUAAGGGAGCGGUCCGGAGGCUCGACUGAAAGGAGAGCGAGACUGAAAGGUGCGAAGGAGCGAAAGCGGCUCGACUGAGGUUAGGAAGGUUCAGAGCGAAGGUACUCUACGUUUCAGAUAUAGGUUCAGAGCGAAGCCACUCGACUGAGGUUAGGAAGGAGAGGAGCGAGACUAAGAAGGAGAGGAUCAAAGGAGAAGAAUUUGUGGAGAAGGUCCUUAUCUCUUCUUUAUGGGAGUGCAACUCAGAAUGGAAGAGGUUCAUAUUCCAUUUCAUGACUCAUCUGGAGUAGCUUAAUUAGUCUCAUAUUCGUUCAAUUCCACUAGUACGAGGGCCCCUCUCUGAUAAGGAAGGAAAGGAAAGAAGAAGAAUUUGACGAUCAAUCUGGUCCGAUGGCUGUUCUCCACUAACCACAAGGAUAUAGGGACUCUCUAUUUCAUCUUCGGUGCCAUUGCUGGAGUGAUGGGCACAUGCUUCUCAGUACUGAUUCGUAUGGAAUUAGCACGACCCGGCGAUCAAAUUCUUGGUGGGAAUCAUCAACUUUAUAAUGUUUUAAUAACGGCUCACGCUUUUUUAAUGAUCUUUUUUAUGGUUAUGCCGGCGAUGAUAGGUGGAUCUGGUAAUUGGUCUGUUCCGAUUCUGAUAGGUGCACCUGACAUGGCAUUUCCACGAUUAAAUAAUAUUUCAUUCUGGUUGUUGCCACCAAGUCUCUUGCUCCUAUUAAGCUCAGCCUUAGUAGAAGUGGGUAGCGGCACUGGGUGGACGGUCUAUCCGCCCUUAAGUGGUAUUACCAGCCAUUCUGGAGGAGCAGUUGAUUCAGCAAUUUCUAGUCUUCAUCUAUCUGGUAUUUCAUCCAUUUUAGGUUCUAUCAAUUUUAUCACGACUAUUUCCAACAUGCGUGGACCUGGAAUGACUAUGCAUAGAUCACCCCUCUUUGUGUGGUCCGUUCUAGUGACAGCAUUCCCACUUUUAUUAUCACUUCCGGUACUGGCAGGGGCUAUUACCAUGUUAUUAACCGAUCGAAACUUUAAUACAACCUUUUCUGAUCCCGCUGGAGGGGGAGACCCCAUAUUAUACCAGCAUCUCUUUUGGUUCUUCGGUUUUCAAUGGCCCUUUUCAGAUGCAAAUCUGAAUACGCAUUGCGCUAUAUGCUGGGACUGUCUGCUUAAUGGUACUCCUACUAUGUUCAUCAGUGGUUUUCUAGUCAAACCCCGAUCUAGUCAAAAUGGAGUAUCUAAGACACAAUCAGCAGGUAACCAACGACAUACUAGUAGUCUAGUAGGAACCUCAGAGACUACAUGCGCAACAACUUAUCCUAAAUCCUUCUGUGAGUGGCUAGCUGGAAUUAUCGACGGUGAUGGAAGUAUGAAAGUGAGUAAACAAGGAGAGACUUCUCUUGAAAUUACUAUGGGACUUGAAGAUCUACCACUACUACGAUAUAUCCAAGAUAUGCUUGGUGGAAGUAUGAAAAUGCGAUCAGGUGCUAAAGCUUAUCGUUAUCGACUACAUAAUCAACUUGGUAUGAUGAAACUAAUUCAUUGUAUUAAUGGUCAUAUUCGAGAUUCAGCACGACUACUUCAACUACAUCGUGUCUGUCAAGUACUGGAUAUCCCUCUCAUUCUACCUAUUACACUAGAUGCUCAAUCAAAUUGGUUUGCAGGAUUCUUUGAUGCUGAUGGUACCAUUGGUUUCGCUAUGAAGAAUCGACUACCGGUCCGUGGUAGUUUAAUGAUUCGAGUCACUAAUAAACAUCUACAAGAUGUAGAGUCUUAUAAGGUAGUAUUUGGAGGAAAUAUCCACUUUUCUAGUAGUCAAAAUGGUUACUAUCAAUGGUCUGUACAAAGUCGAAAAGAUGUUCUCAUUCUGCUAUCUUACUUUCAAUCAAGUACUUUCCGAAGUCAUAAAUCACGACGAUUCUUCCUUAUUGAGGAAUAUUACAGUCUUUACGAUCUCAAAGCAUUUCACCCUGAGAGUCUGAACCAUAAAGCAUGGCUAGCUUUCCUAGACAAAUGGAAGAAGUUGAUGAUAUAGUCCACCUUUCUUCUAUUCAUCCGCUUCUAUUAGUAGAAGAGAGAAGCACCCUGAAGUUUACAUCCUCAUUCUGCCUGGAUCCGGUAUCAUCAGUCAUAUCGUUUCUACUUUUUCGGGAAAACCGGUUUUCGGGUAUCUAGGCAUGGUUUAUGCCAUGAUCAGUAUAGGUGUUCUUGGAUUUCUUGUUUGGGCUCAUCAUAUGUUUACUGUGGGCUUAGACGUUGAUACCCGUGCCUACUUCACCGCUGCUACCAUGAUCAUAGCAGUCCCCACUGGAAUCAAAAUCUUUAGUUGGAUCGCUACCAUGUGGGGGGGUUCGAUACAAUACAAAACACCCAUGUUAUUUGCUGUAGGGUCCAUCUUUUUGUUCACCAUAGGAGGACUCACUGGAAUAGUCCCGGCAAAUUCAGGGCUAGACAUUGCUCUACAUGAUACUUAUUAUGUGGUUGCACAUUUCCAUUAUGUACUUUCUAUGGGAGCCGUUUUUGCUUUAUUUGCAGGAUUUCACUAUUGGGUGGGUAAAAUCUUUGGUCGGACAUACCCUGAAACUUUAGGUCAAAUCCAUUUUUGGAUCACUUUUUUCGGGGUUAAUCCGACCCUCUUUCCCAUGCAUUUCUUAGGGCUUUCGGGUAUGCCACGUCGCAUUCCUGAUUAUCCAGAUGCUUACGCUGGAUGGAAUGCCCUUAGCAGUUUUGGCUCUUAUAUAUCCGUAGUUGGGAUUCGUCGUUUCUUCGUGGUCGUCACAAUCACUUCAAGCAGUGGAAAUCAGAAAAGAUGUGCUCCAAGUCCUUGGGCUCUUGAACAGAAUUCAACCACACUGGAAUGGAUGGUACAAAGUCCUCCGGCUUUUCAUACCUUUGGGGAACUUCCAGCUAUCAAGGAGACGAAAAGCUAUGUGAAGUAAAAGAAGAAAAAGUCUGAGACUGCUACUAAGAACCUAACAGAACUUUUCAAAAUGUG